UAUCGUACUGCAAGGAGGAUCGCGGUACAUGCACUAUGUUUUAUUUAGAUUAUUACCUUAUUCAGAUAUUGAAUAUGCAUUUGGCUUAAUUGGUAGUAAAAUUAACCGCUUGUUCAAUUUUUUGAGAGACAAAUUCUCUAUUAUUUCUGAAACUGCAGGUAAUGUAGCUAGCCUAUACCUUUAAUUGAGUAUAGAAAAAUAUGUAAAAAUGGACGCGGUUGUGUAUCAGUAAUUAUCCUUCGAAGAAGAGGAAAUGUACUACAUUAACUUCGUUUACAUUUAUAGAGACCUAGUUUCACGGUGAAAAGACUCAGUAGAUGAAAGACAGGAGGUUAGGUUACUGCAGGAACGGUGAGAGCUUUCGGACUACAGCGGAACGCCAUCCACCCAACGGCAGCUCUCUCACUCCGGAAGACUUUUCCCAUCAUUACGGAUCAAACGUCUACUCUUUCCAUUAUAGAUGAUGUCAUACAAAUAAAGUGCUAUCAAAGAUCCUCCAGCGGACUUUUGGAAAUGGUUUGUUCAAGGUAUCCGUUCUAAACAUUUAAAACGUGGACGUUCCGGUUGGCGUUUCCCAAUAUACGAUUUCCUCUUUACUGCAAUAUACUCCGCGGAGUGUGUUGAACGGGAGUAACAGUAAAAGUGGGAUGAUUUCUGCAAUAUCCAGCCCGUGGCUGACGCAGCUCUCUCAUUUCUGCGACGUUGCCGCCUUCACCACAAACAGCCUGAACAGCCUCAGCACUCCUGGGAGUUUCCGUCUCCCCGCGACGCCCCGGGAUUCCUACCCUCAACGCGACUCUUUCUUCGAGCCCCGCACCGUCGCCCAACAUGCCGACAGCUACCCGAGGUGCAAUCAAGCUCAGUCCCCGCCGAGCGAUGCCGGGACCUCCAGCUGCCCCUUAUCCUCCGCCAUGGCGCCCGGCAGACAUCCACUGGUAAAAAAGAACCCUAAAGUGGCCAACGUUACCGUCCAGUUGGAAAUGAAGAUACUCUGGGAUGAAUUUAAUCAGCUUGGAACUGAGAUGAUCGUUACUAAAGCGGGGAGACGAAUGUUCCCCGCGUUUCAGGUAAAACUUUUCGGACUUGAUAUCCACUCCGAAUAUAUGCUUUUAAUGGAUUUUAUACCACUCGAUGAUAAACGCUACAGGUACGCCUUCCAUAGCUCGUCAUGGUUAGUCGCUGGGAAGGCGGAUGCAGCCACGCCCGGACGGGUGCAUUAUCACCCAGACUCUCCAGCCAAAGGAUCACAGUGGAUGAAACAGAUAGUCUCUUUUGAUAAAUUAAAACUCACCAAUAACUUGCUAGAUGACAACGGACAUAUCAUUCUCAACUCAAUGCAUAGAUAUCAGCCAAGAUUUCAUAUCGUUUAUGUUGAUCCAAGGAAAGACAGCGAGAAGUACGCUGAAGAAAACUACAAGACCUUUGUGUUCGAGGAGACCCGAUUCACUGCGGUAACAGCUUACCAGAAUCACAGAAUCACGCAGCUGAAAAUUGCUAGCAAUCCGUUUGCGAAGGGCUUUAGGGACUGUGAUCCUGAAAUGUGGCCUCGGAACCACAGGCCUCACUCUUUGCCAGUUGUGAACAACACUGUCAGAAACAGAAGCUCGUUGUCAGACCCUCACCCCGGCGGCACAGAGACAGAGGACAGUCUGUGGGACCACGACAGGGAACAGCCAAGCAGCACACCGACCCUUCCAGACCCAGCUCACCAACUCAUGGCACGCAUCCUGAGUCCCACUCUCUCGGUCCCAAGUGGACUCCAUUCCGUGCCACUCUCCGCCGGCCGCCCCUCCCAUGACACGCGCUUCGAUGGAUAUCCUCAUCCUCCAGACACCCUGGGCCACCUUCCUUACAAAUUCACCACUACCUACCAGCACUACCUGGGCACCAAGGCUCGGCCAGCCCCCUACCCCCUGCCCAGCAUGAGAGAGCACGGAUACCCCCAUACCUUGAACUCUACCAGCAACAUAUAUACCACCCCAAGUGGCCCAAAAACAUUUGAAUAUGGGCCAAUAUGAGUUUAUUUUAGAAAUAUCAAAAUGUAAAAAAAAAAAAAAAAAAAGCUCUAAAAUCAGUUACUUGGCUAUAUGCGAAAAAUCUAAUAUCUAGAGGAGAACAUUCAGUGCACAACCUCAAUUAUGUGAGCACCAUCAUAGGGAAAGCUAGGGGGAUCCACGAAGGCAUCUUGUAGAAGACAGAGAGGUGACCCUGGUGCAUACAGACAGUGCAUUCCUUCUGGGCGGAGUUUGAUUGUGGGCAAUUUUGUGUCAUCAUAAGCAGCCCAGUGGCAGAGGUGCCGUGGAAGUCCACACACUGGUGAGAGAUCCGAAACAUCAUCAGGGCCAGCAAAAUAACUUCACAUGUACCUGAAGGAGGAUAAGAAGAAACGAGAAUUAAGAAACCCCACCACCAAGUCCCUGGAGAUACUCUUGGAGGCCUGUACAUCCAGCUUGGACUCCCUAUUAUUCCAAAUGGUUUCAAAGGGCAGUUAAGGAGAUUAACAAGAAAUGUUUCUUGCCAUGCUGUUAGGUAUAUACUAUACAAUUUCAGCAUGUUUAACUCUUUACAAUAACCCAUAUUGAAGCAAAAAGUUGACACUUUUAUGUACAGCCAGAUUGUUUCCUUGGUUGUAGUAUUGUGGUAGUUUCAAGAUGGCUUUCCUUGGAAAAGUCCAGUUUUCUGUAACUUAACAAAAGGUUGAAUUGACACGUUUCACUGGACCAUAUUUUACUGGAAUUCAGAGAUUAUGCUAUAAUUCUGGAUGUUUUUUAAAAAAAAGACAUAAAAGGCCCAUGCGUUUUUAUUUGCAUGUUGAAGUGUGCUGCCCCGUUUGGCGACAAACUGACAUCUGACUGGCUAUUGUCACGUUGCAGUUCUAUGUACAAGAUUUAAAUGAUCCAGCAGAUAUGAAAAUAUUAAGUCAUUAUUGGUGUCAGUUUAUGAAAUACUCAGUGUUCUUCAUUAGUGCAGUCAAUUUUCUGCUGACUUCAAGAGAAAGUUUUUGAAAUAUGCAUGCGUGAAGAUAUGUAUAGUUUCUGUAGAUAUGUAAAGAUUAAUGUUAUUACUGUUUGAAGUUGAAAUUGGAUGUUGAAACUGAAUGAAGCUUGAUAAAUGAAUAGAAAA